UGAGUUUUGUUUUGAGACGGCCGGUCCAGUUGCGCGGCAGGCGGCGCAUGAGUCGGUCGUUUCGGUAACCCAGGGUAAAAUGUUUUCGCAUUUCGACACGCGCCGCGCCUCACCGCGUUCGUUUCACCGAUAACAUCUGCAAAUCCGAUACUAACGUGUGAUAGCGACAGUGCCGUUCCACAUUCGUUUUUUUCUUAACGUGACAAUUUGUUGACCAUGUGAUUUGUGUGCGAAACACUGAAGCUGGCCGCUAAUGUCUUAACAAAAAGAACGCACAGAUAUUCCGGGAAUGCACACAUGUGGUUGCCGGCUAACAGCGGGUGCGUUUGUUGAAGUUCUGUCACGAUGCCGCGUAGGAAUAAAUGGAUGCAUCUGGUGGCCGGGGUCGUGGCCGGAGUCACGCUCGGGGUGUUCCUUAAAUUGUGUUUAAGGACUUCCUCAAGGACGUCCAUUGAGACUUGUCCGGAUACGGCAAAGUUAUAUGUGCCUCCAAAUCCAUUAGCAGUGAUAGGGUUAAACUCGGAUGAAACCAUACAAAACUCCAACCGGACCUUAGUGUUUGUGGGUGUGAUGACAGCAGAACAAUAUCUAACUACGAGAGCGAAAGCCGUCUAUGAGACUUGGGCUCAGGACUUGCCCGGGCGGAUAGCUUUCUUUAGUUCAGAAGUGUCUCGAGCGCCCGGUUUACCUCUGAUUCCAUUGCGGACCGUUGACGAUAGUUACCCUCCGCAGAAGAAAUCUUUUCUUAUGUUACUGUACAUGUAUGAGAAUUACGGUGAGAAAUUUGAGUGGUUUAUGCGCGCAGAUGACGACGUUUACGUUAGAGGUGACAAAUUAGGAGAGUUUUUGAGGUCAGUGGACAGUAGGAAGCCGCAGUUUAUAGGACAGGCAGGAAGGGGCACCAGCGCCGAGCGGGAUGCUCUAGCACUGGACUAUAACGAAAACUUUUGUAUGGGCGGGCCGGGUGUACUUAUAUCAAAGGAGACCUUGAGGAGAGUCGCCCCUCACGUCAAGUAUUGCUUGAAGCACCUCUACACCACUCACGAAGACGUCGAACUUGGGAGGUGUGUCGCUAAAUUCGCUGGCGUUUCUUGCACAUGGAGUUAUGAUAUGCAAACGAUCCUGCAUCACAACAGCAGCGGGGCGGCGGCCUACACCGGCCGCCUGAAGAAGCGGGAGGUCCACCGCGCCAUCUCCCUGCAUCCAGUCAAGGAUCAUAGACAGAUGUACCGAUUGCACACUUAUUUUAAGAACCUCAAAAUCCAAGAUCUGCGGGAGACAUCGCUGGACUUGCACAGGGACAUAGCGUCAUCAGUGAAGGAGCUUGGAGUCGAUCAGGACCAUGUAGCUGAUUACGUAUUACCGGGGGGUGUGCCGCUGUUCCCGGCGAAGAUGGGCACACCUGGCUAUUUGGGGAAUAAUAAGAUCUUAGGUGCUCCCAUAGAUCUCAACAGAUUCAAGGCAAACACGGUAGAGGACAUCAUUCCGUUCGAUUACAUCAGUAAAUCUAUCUACUCCAUGAGCCACUCCAAUCCUAAGAGAAGAAUCGAGAGUCCUCUGAAAGAAGCGCUUGAUGACGUCAUUAGAGAGGUGAUGGAAAUAAUAAAUGCGCCAUCUCGCCAACGUGGGCGGGUCAUCGACUUCAAUGAGCUACUAUAUGGUUACACGCGGCUUCAGCCGCUGCACGGGGUGGACCACGUGCUGGACCUACUCCUCAAGUACAGGAGGUAUAGAGGCAGGAAGAUGACGGCUGCUGUUCGACGGCACGCGUAUUUGCAGCAGACUUUUACAGGGACUGAAAUAAGGGAACUGCCAAUGGGUGAGCCGCCGCUUUUCGAAGAGCCAGAACUGCUCGAAGAAAUUAACAUGAAAGAACCUCUCAAUGACUACGAAGACUUCGACGAGCCGAGUCCGCAGCCCGCCGGCUUCCUCGACAAGCUCAACGUCAAAGAGGCCAUCGAAAGUGGUCUAAUGAAACUCCAGAAUAACCUCCCAAACGUACUGAAGUGGAGUGACGAUGAUUACGAGUAUCCAAUCUACGACAGAAGGAUACAUUUCAUCCUGCCGCUUCUGGGAAGACAGGAGAUAUUCGGACGUUUUAUGAAGAACUACGAGGAUAUUGUGCUCAAAAGCAAUGAAGCUGUUAGUUUAAUAGUCGUUUUAUAUUUGGAUAGCAAAAAUCCACUCGAUUAUAGAAAUGCGGAAGCGUUGAUAGAUCAUUAUAAAGAUUUGUAUGGGAAAGAUAUAAAGAUAGUGCACAUGGGGUCCACUACGUUCUCCAGAGGUGCGGCUUUAACAGAAGGACUCAAGGAAUGCUCAAGUGACGAUUUAGUGUUCUUUAUAGAUGUAGAUAUGAUGUUUAACCACAUAACGCUCAGACGUAUUAGAAUUAACACAGUAAAAUAUAAUCAAGUGUACUCACCAAUAGUGUUCAGUGAAUAUAAUCCUGAAGUGGUAAAUGGAGAGGAUUAUAACAAAUUCAUAGGUGAAACACUAGUGACUAAUACAGAUAUAGGUAAAUUUUUAGAUAGUGAUACCCCUAAAACUGACAGAGAGCUAGCGGACUUGAAAUACAGCAAAGAAAUACACGAGGAUCUAGGUUAUUUUAGGCAGUACGGUUUCGGUUUACUUAGCUUGUACAAAUGUGACUUUGAAAGGGUCGGAGGUUUCGAUCUAAAUAUAAAAGGCUGGGGUUUAGAAGAUGUACAGCUUUUCGAGACUUUAAUUAAGUCAAAUUUAUCGGUGUUUAGGAUAGCCGACGAGAGUUUGGUGCAUAAAUUUCAUUCGGUGGACUGUGAUAAGAACUUAGAGAAGAGCCAGUUUUUGAUGUGUUUGGGCACGAAGGCAUCUACUUAUGGUAGUGAUAAACACAUGACUUAUUAUAUGCUAAAUCAUCCAGAAGUGUUGUGGCCCCAGGACAGCAAUGAGAAAGGUGCUAGCUAGCACAGGGUUUGAGCUAGUCUCGAUUAUAAAAUAUUAUGACAAUUUUAGCAUUUACGUAACUGUGAAGGGGUGUAUAUUGUAACUGUAUAUUUUAUGACGCAGUAUUGUGAUUUUAGUUUGUUGUAUACAGAACAAAUAUUGUUGAAAUGGAAUUUUAAUUCAAAUGUAGGUUACUCUUGCAAUUUAAGAUGGUUGUUUGGUAUUAUCCUUCUAGGUUUAUACUUGUAAAUAGAGGUACUAUAUUUUUGUAAGCAUUUAUAAAUUCUAAGAUGUAUUAUGUACAUAUUUUUCCUAUCGAAGUAGACUGUAAUAUUCUAUGAUAAUAAUCUAUUUGUAUGUAUAAUAAGACGCCUUCAGAAGGCAGCUCUAUUCGAAACACUUAAUAAUAAUCUUAGAUUGUUGAUAGGUUCUUCUAUAUAAAAUCUUUAAUCUAAUUUAUACUUUGUCUCUUUCUUUCUAUGGCCAAAUAAGCUGAGAAAGAAAGAGAUGAAAUACUGGUUGAAUAAAAUAUUGUAAAUUAAUUUUAUAAAUUGGGGUCCUGUCUUAGAUAAUUGUUUUAAGUUAUUUAAAUUGUUGUUAAUAGAUGUCGUCAAUAAUUAAUUUAUAAUUUUACUACUAUCAUCUAUAAUGAUUUCAGUCGAUAUUGCUUUAACAAUCUUUUAUUUUUGACAAAAUCGAGUUUUCAUAGAGACAAUAUUUUUUUUUUACUACAGUGCAUCAGCAACAAAGGACUAUCUCGAUUUUAUUUUAUUUUUAUUUUAUUUUAAUGCUAUGAUGAUAAAAAGUUUUAAAGAAAAUUAAAUCAUUUUAGCAUUCGUCAAUCAAAUCAUGUAUAUUAUGUAUUUCUGUAGUGUAGUAAAACAAAUUUCUUAGAUGAGCGGUCCUAACCCAUGAUGAUGUCUUAUUUAAAUUAUUGUUUACAUAUAAAUAAACAAAACAGUCUGGUAAAAGUGCCUACUCCGCUAUUUACACUUUUAGUUGUAAGUGCGUCAAUGUUGUUGAAUAAUUCGAUAGUAAUUCCGCGUAUGUAUUUGCUAAUUCUUUAUCUAUAAGCAUCUGCGUGUAAAGUAAACACAAACGCCAUCUAUAAAAGCUUUUACGCAUAAAAAAAUAAUAAAUACAAUAGGAUGGGAAUAUUGUGCCUAGUAUUCUAUUGUCAUAUGUUUUACCCGUUUUUUUUAUCGAGCUUGCUAGGUCAGCCAGUAUCCCUGCUUGCUACAAAGAUUUUAUAACGUAAAUUAUAUGAAUUAAAAAUGAUUAACUAAGAUGUAUAUGUAUAAAAAAUGGUGCCUUUUAUAAUAUUAUUUAAUUGGCUGUGUAAGAUUACUAAAUUUAUAUCUCCAAGGUCCAAAUUGUGAUACUCCAGGGGACGAAUAUUCAUUGCAAUCUGUUGUUAUGACAACUCUUAUUUAAGUUGUGCUGAGUGCCAAUUAAAUUAAGUAGGUAAUUGCCGCAAUAUUAUUAUGUGGAUAUUGUUUUAUACAUGAUAUUGUAAUUUAAAUGAUAAUUAUAAUGUGAGAGUUAAGAAUUCAAUGAAAGAAAGCUGCGAUUAAAUGUAUGUUUUAUUAAUA